CCCCCCUCCGCACCCCCUGCCUCGCCCCCGCCCAUUUGCGCGACCUGAUGCUCCUGGAUGCCUAGUCCCCUGCCUCCUCUAUGCCUGAGGCACCCGCCCUCAUCUCUCUCGCCGCACCUUCCCGGCGAGUGUGUGUCGUACCAAUGCCCGGACGGCGGCUACGGGGAGGUGUACAUCAGCCAGGACCGCCUGAGCCUGUCGAUCUUUGAACGGGGCGUGCUCCUGCGCCAGCACACGGUUCCCCCCGCCUCGGGCCGGAUACUCGCCUGCUUUUGGGGGGCGCUGUCGUGGGGGCCGGCCAGCGCGACCGGCGGUCCCCGGCACCCGGCCUCGCCGGCCCCCUCGGCCAGCCCAGUUGACCCCGGGCCCGGGCUGUGGAUUGUCUGCCAGCACAGCGUCCACGCGUAUGUGCCCGGCCGCGAGGAGUUCCUCCGGUCGGCGUUGGACUUUCGCGUGAGCCGGGCAUGGAUCCUUCGCCAGCGCGCUACCCCGGCCCUGGACCAGGGGGACGUCCUGCUGCUGGAGCGCCACCUGCCGGGAUCGACGGCCUGCCUGCAGGCUGGCAGUGCCCCCGGCGAGGUGCCCGGCGGCCCGUGUGGACAUCUGGCCUGCCGCGCGCCGACCGACGGGGCGCUCUACUUUUCGCUGGACCAUCCGCUGGCGCGCCCGGUCCCGGUGGAUCUGCCCCAGGGGUCGCGGCUUUGGCGCAUCCUCCAUGUGCACGAUAGCGGCCUGUCCCAGCCACCCGGGGCCGGGUACUGCCCGGUGGUGGUGGGCGUCGGGCUGGGCCCCCGGCGCCGGGGGGUCGCCGAUGCCGACUUCCAGCUGGGGCUGUGGACAUGGAGCGCGCGGGUGGACGGGGCAGCCGCGGCCACGGCGGCCGCCGCCGCGGCCGCCGCCGCCGCCGGCAUCGCCGGGCACCCGGACCUCUCGCAGCUGGACAUGCUCGAGGCCUCCAUCCAGGACCUGUUUGUGGAUGUGGCUGGCCCCGGGUCCCCGGGGGCAGGGGCCGGGGCUGACGCGCGAGCCGGGUCGCCGGGCUGGCGUCCCGGCCGGCCGGUGGCACUCCGGUCGCCGGUUCGGUCGCCCGGCCGCGCGGCCGGGCGCUUGUCCCCCGGGCCGGGGCUGCUGCCCUUGCAAUCGCCCCGGUCGCCGGUCGGCGGAUCGCCGCUGGCCCGGCAUCCGGCCGGCACCGUGCCGGCACCCCCCCGGGCGGCCCUCCUCCGGAGUCCAUUGCACCAGUCCCCGCGCGAGGGGGGGGGCGCCCCCUCGCCGCCGCUGGGCCCCGGGCACCCGGCCGGCCACUCGCCCUCCGGGGCAUUUGGCCAUCCGGCCCCGGCGUCCGAGGCUUCGAGCCUUGGCUCGGACUUUUGGUCCUUCGUCCCGGGCCCCCACCAGCCCACCGUGUCCCUGCAGCUGGUGCGCUUCCUGCCGCCGCUGAGCCGCGCCGACACCGGGCUCCUGCCGCGGGCCCUGCUUGGGGCCCUGGAGCCGGGCUCGUGCCUGUCCACGGCCGCCGGCCCGGCCACGGCCCUCCGGUGCGAUGUGGCUCACGAUUCCCUCGGCUGGCCGGUGGUCUUCAUCCACCUGCCCGAGACCCGAGCCCUCCUGUGCACGUACCUGGUCCCGCCGCGGGAAUCGGCCCCGGUCCGGCUGGACUCGCAUUUGCCCUCGGCCUGGCGCGUCCGGCAGCGUGCCCAGCUCGACGGGGUGCUGGACUUCCUGUGCAUCGGCCACACCGGGCUUCGGCCGGCGGUCGGUGCCCCGCCGCUGGUCCCCCCGGUCUCCGGGCUUUCGCUCGAUGACGAUCCGGAGGAGGAAGACCCGGAGGAGCCCCCCACCGGGGCCCGGGCGCCCGGGCAUUCGCCCCCCGGGGGCGACCCCGCGACCGGCCGGUCAUCGCCGGUCGGCGCCGCCGCCGCCACCGCCGCCGCCGGGGCCCCCUCGGGCAGCGCGCGAGACCCCCUGCCGCAGACGGGCCCGGGCGCCGGGGCCGCUGCCACAUCGGCCACCCCCCCGGCCGGCGUCACCACCGCCAGGGCCAUCCCCCCGCCGGCGCUCCUGCGCGACCUGUUGGUCUUGCUGGACUCCGGCUCCGGCGCGGCCAGCCUCUACGUGUCCCUCUGCCUGUCGGAGACCCUGCUGCCGGUUCGCCUGCCCGCCGCCCCGGCGGACAGCCCGCUGGCCGGGGCCUACUCGACGCCGGGCCCGGCCGCCGAGGCCACCGACGCAGCGACCCCGCCCACAUCGCCCACGUCGCCCGCAUCGGCCGGCCCGGCUUCGGCCGGCCUCCUCCGGAAGAGCCUCUUCCGGGCGGAUGCGCGCUUCUGGCCACGGCUGAGCGUCGGCGGCCGGGUGGUCUUGCGCCCGGCCGCCGGGGCGGACCUCUGCGAAAUCCACCUGCCGGAGGCCAUCCGGCCGCGGGAGCCGGCCCUGGCCGCGGCGCUGGAUCUGGCGAAGGCGGUCCUGCCGGCCCGGGCCUGGUUCCAUGCCGUGGCGCUGAUGUCGCAAUUCGAGCAGGGCGCCCACCGGGAGGCCCUGGCCGCCGGGACCGGGGGCGCCUGGCGAGCUCUGCUGCUGUCCCUGUGGGCCGCCUGCCACCCGGACCCGGGCCCGGGGUUCCACCUGCGGACCCGGCCCACGCCAUGCUUCCAAGCGCGCGCGCGCGCCGUCUCCCCGGAAACCUUCCUCACCGGCGGCCUGUCGCCAAGCCACCCGGCCGAGGGGGCCUUCGGCGCGCGGGUCCACGCGCUGGUGCUCCCCAGCUCCGGGGCCUUUGACAGCCGACCGGUCGAGGCUGGCAUCGCCCUCGGGCGCCUGCUCCAGGCCCUGGGCCUGCUGUAUGAGGAGCUGCGGCUGGACCCGCUCGGGGCCCGAGCGGCCGGGGCCCUGGCCGAUCAGGUCCUCGGGCCCAUGUGCUUUGCCCUGCGGCUCAAGCGUUGGCUGGCCCGGUACGGCCUGUCCGGGUGGCUGGACCGGCGCCUGUCGGACCCGGCACUGCCGCUCCUGUGCCUGCUGCCCCCCUGGUGGUCGGUGGCGGCCGGCGAUCCGGCCGCCCCCCGGCUCGGGCAUCUCCAUCCGCCGGAUCUCAUGCAGACGGUGGUGCGCUCGCUGGCACGCGGGUGCGAGGGUGCCCUCGAGCGUGGGAUCCCCCCGGCCGGCUGGGAUCGCUCCCUCACCGCGGACCUCCUCCAUGCCGGGCACCUGCCCCGGGUGCGCUUUGUGCUGGCCCUCUUCCGGCCGCUGGCCGGCUGGACGGCGAAGCUGGCGGCCAUCGGGCCGAAUGUGUCCUCGGCACCCGGGGCCGGGGCCUCGCCCGGGGAUGACCCACGAGGGCGCCUGCUCGGCGUGGUGGCCCGGCUGGACCCGGAUGGAGCCCUGCUGGACUCCCUGCCGGCUGGCUUGCGCCUGCUCCCGCUGCUGGCUUUGGCCCAGGUGGGCAGGGCCUUGGGCGGCCCGGCCGGGCCGACUCCCCCGCCGGGCGAGGGGGCCCCCCUGUCUCCGGCGUACUGGCCGGCGCAGGUGCACCUCCUGGCCGGGCGCCGGGACCUGGCCCACAUGUCCCCGGCCGGGGUGUGGCGCCUGCGGCCGGACACCGGGGGCCCCUGCCACCCGGAGCCCGGCAGGGCGGCCUCCGACCACGAGGCGGCCGACAUGGCCCCCGGAACCACCAUCACUCCGACCAUGGCCGGCACGCCGGCCGGCCGCGCCCUGCGCCAGGUCCAGCGCAUCCUCCGGUCCGAGGGCGGCAUCCGCCUGCCGGCCCUCAUCUUCGAGGCUCUCAAGCUGGCCGCCUCGCCGGUGGUCGACACGGCCCUGCCCUACCCGCCGGAAGAGCUGAUGGAGUAUGCCCGGGACCUGGUGGACCAGCUGGUCUUCCGGGCGUGGGCCCUGCCCCUGGGCCGGGCGGCGCUCGGGUUCCGGUCCGUUCGGGCCGGCGGAUGUGCACGCACGGCACCCGGCCCGGGGUCCACCCUGGCGGCCGGGGCCCACCCGCUGGUGGCGUCGGCCCUGGCCGCGCGGCUGGUCGAUCCGUACGCCGAUCCGGACCAGGUCCCCUUCGCCCUGCCGACGCUGGUCUUCACGCUGGUGGCCUGUCCACGGGCGGCCGGCAACAGCCGGGCUCCGCCGGCGGCCCAGGCGUGGCUGGCCGCCGCCGCGGCCGCCGGCCGUGGCAUCCCCGGCGGCCUGGACCCCGGCGAGGAUGACGCCGACUCCGACAACGAGGAUGACUCGCCCUUCCUGCCGCAUGCCGUUGUCCGGUCGAUUGCCGCCCCGGGGCCGGAUGCCGGGCACCCAUCGGCUGCCGUGGCGCCAGGCCGGGCCGCCCGCGCCAGCCGCCGAGCCCGGAUGGAUGCCCUGCUCGAGGCGUCCGCCCGGCCGGACGUGACGUCGGUGCCCGCCCCGCGCCGUGGCCCGGCCGUCGCGGCCGCCGCCACCGCCGCCGCCGCCGCCAUUGCCAACAUCACCGCCGGCAGCCGCACCCUCCUGCCCCUGUCGGCCACCACCGCCCUCAGCCCAUGGUGCUCCUUCCACAAUGCCUGCGCCGCGUCCCUGGGGCUGGUCACCCGUGUGGCCCCCUCCAACGCCUGGAUCAUGGCCAACCUGCCCGCCGACCCGUACGCCCGGGGGGGCUACCUGUUCGGCCUCGGCCUCCGUGGCAUGCUGCAGUCCUUCCAGCGGACGCCGGUCCACCAUCUGCUCAGCCAUGCGCAUAGUGGCACCAUUUCCGGCCUGCUGCUUGGCCUCGCGGCGUCGCCCCUGGCCGCCGGGCAGAUGGCCCUGCCACCGCGCUUCGUGCUGGACAUGCUGUACCUCCAUGUGCCGGCCUUGCUGCCGGCCAGCCUGGCGGCCGCCACCGAGGGCACGGCCGGCCGGGGGAGCCUAUCGGCUGCGGCCGCGGCCGCCGACCUGCUGGUGGCGCCGACCGUCCAGUCGGCGGCCAUUGUCGGCAUUGGCCUGUCCUUUUGCCGGUGGCGCGGGGAGGGCUUCCUCCCGGAGUCGCUGUACCACCGGCGGAGCUACCACCUGGACCAGGCGGGCCCGGCAGCCCGGCGGGCCGCGGGGGGGGCCAGCCAGCCGCACUCGCCGGCGGCGGGCUCCCCGCCGCCCGGGAUGGCGGCCGCCUGGCCGGACGACUGCGUCACGGCCAAUGCCACCACGCCGGCCGAGAUGGAGGCCGCGGCCGCGGCCGCCGCCGCCGACCCCCGGCUGGCCCUCAUGACCGAGGUCCCCCUGCUGACGGAGGCCCUGCUGUCGGAGCUGGCCGCGGCGCCGGCCUAUGGCGAACAGCUGGCCGCCCUGUCCGGCGGGUCGGCUGCCAGCCUGGCCGAUGGGGCCGGCGGCGGGGCCCCCACCCAGGAGCAGCUGGCAGCCGACCCGACCGUGGCCGACCUCCGGUGGCCGCACGCGGCCGACCUGUAUGCCACCUCCUGCGCCGUGGCCCUCGGCCUGGUGCACCUCGGCCGGGGCACCCACGCCGGGCUGGACAUCACCCUCGGGUCGGCCCUGAGCCCGGACCUGGUGCGGCUGCACCGGGCCCAGUCGCGCGCGCAUGACCGGGCCCCGGCCUCCGGCCCGCCGGAGGAUGGGGCCCCGCGCACCGGCGCCCCCGGAGCCGGUGCGCGGAUGGCCGCCGCCGCCGCCGCCGCCGCCGCCGCCUUCCCCUCGCCGGGCUCGGCCCCCCUGUCGGAGCACGAUGGCGACACCUUCCACUCGGCGUGGUCUUUGGCGCCGCAUGUGACCGCCCCGGCGGCCGCCCUGGCCCUGGGGCUCAUUCACCUGGACACCGGUGACCCGACCGUGGCCGGGGUGCUGGGCUUCCGCCCGCACGCCGGGGCCCCGGACGGCGAGGUGCGCGAGGUCCCGGGGCCGGCGUCGGGCGCGGCCGCCCGCCAUGCGCGCCUUCGCGCCCGCUUGGCGGACUUCCUCGGGUCCGAGCGCUCGCACGGGGAGCUCACCGCGCGGCUCCUGUGCCGGGAGAUGACGCGCCUGCGCCUGGUCGGCCAGGCGCCCGGCCCGGGCGCCGGCAUUUCCCCCGGGCCAAGCCCCGGCGAGGCGGCCAUGCUGGCGGCCAUGCGCGCGGCCGGUGUCCCGACCGCCGGCCCGGCUCCCGGCCCGGCGGCCGGCAUCGCCCGCUACGUCCUGGACUUUGUGCCGGACUGGCUGCUGGUCGGCGUGCCGGCCGGCGACCUGACCGCCUGGGACGCGUGCACGGCCGAGGCCCUGGCCGGGCCGGCCACCGACCCGGCGCGCCUCUCCCUGCGUGACAUCGACACAUCGCCCUUCUACUUCGGCACCCUGGCGGCCGCGGCCCUGGCCCUGGGGCUGCGCUUCGCCGGGGCCGGCUUCGGGGACUUCGGCGCCGGCGACGACACGCCGGCCACCGGGGCCGACGGGCCUCUUCGCCCGGCCGACAGUCCGCAGCUUCACCAGCUGGAUGCCACCCUCAGCGCCCUAUGGGCACACGCCUGGAAGGUGUCCACUCGGCCGAUGAACAAGCCCACCGACCGGUGGUAUCGCACCGCGGCCGAGGCAUACUGCGCCAAUGUGCUGCUGGCCGCCGGGCUGGUGUUCGCCGGGACCGGCGCCUCGAAGUGGGUGGCCCGGGCCCGGCUCAUGCGCAGCCGCGUCCGCUACCCGGAGCCGCUGAUCGGCUGGGCCACCUUCUCCCUGGGCAGCCCGCACGAUGAUGUGUAUGCCUACCAGUGCGCGGUCCACCUGGCGCUGGGCUUCCUCUUCCUCGGUGGCUCGGCCUUUUCCUUCGCGUCCUCCCCCUUUGCCAAGGCCAUGCUCCUGCUGGCCGUGUAUCCCCGGUGGCCGAUGCACUCCUCGUCGGAUGCCUACUCGCCGCAUCCCCAGUGGCUGCGGCACUUGUGGGCCAUGGCCGCCGAGUCGCGGCUCCUGUCGGCUCGACGGGUGCCGGACGACCCGGCUGUCGACCCGCUGGUCCAUGGCGCCGCCGUGGACCAGGCCGACCCGGCCGGGCUCGGGGCUCCCCGGCGCGUGCGCAUCGAGGUCACGGUCAAUGACUGCGCGCACCGGCUGGCCGAGCGCCCUCUCCCGGCUGCCCUGCGGCCCAGCCCGAGCCUUGAACUGUCGGAUGCCAUGGCGCAAAUGCCCUCGCCCAGCAAUUCGGACCUGAGCCCGGCCGAGGACACCGGCAUCCUGGACAUCGACGGCGGGGAGGCUGCCGGUGCCGGUGCCGGUGCCGCCGGCCCCAUCGGCCGCUGUCCCACAUGUCGACCCCCGACCAGCGGCAAUGGUGCCCCCGCCGCCACGGCCGCCUGUGCCCGGCGGUACCAGCUGACCACGCCCUGCCUGCUGCCCGACGCAUCGGUCAUCCAGCGUCUGGCUGUCGUGGACCCGGACUACCUGCCAGUGACUUUGGAGCCGCGGCGCUUCCGCCACCAUGCUCGCCUCCUGCGCCAUGUACACACGAUCUUCGUGCAAGCGCGUGCCCCGGCCCCAGGGCUGGCGACCAGCCCGGCCCUUGCCCCGGGCAUCGGGCCCUGUGCUCCGGGCUUGGAGGCCGUUCCCCUGGGCAUGGCUCUGCCCCUGACGCUGGGCCUGGCCCCGACGCUGGAGCGGGCUCCGCUUGCCGGGCAGCCGCGCCUGCUCGGGGCACUGGUGGACUUGCUGCACGACUUGGCCCGCGCGGCCGGCGUCCUCCAUGGGGAAAGCCGCGCCGGGCGGCCGCUUUCCACCCGGGACCCCAUCCCGUUGCAACUUCUCCGGGAGACCGCACGCCGGGUGGGCCACUCGCCACUGUUGCAUCCCCGAGCCCCGGCAGCACGCCGGGCCCCGGCCCCGGGGACAUGGCGCGCUGGCCGGCCACUCCCUCGGGCUGACACCCAGCAGCCGGAGGCCCUCACUGCGGGGGAUCUCCUGGCCCUGGAGGAGUGGUAUCUCCAGCUGACCGAGCAGCUUGGCACCUAGAUGCCAGUUGUAACGCCAAUACAUGUGCCGCA